AGUUCUUAACUUCAUCACUUUUUUUUUAUAUAUACAUCCCAUUUUCCCUAUUCCAACUUUCACUCCUUCCCUCUCGAAAAUCAAACAUGACAAAAUUAGGAUUUUACUUCAUAUCCAUUCUUCUAUCUUUAUCACUUCCUUCACUUCAUUCUCAUACACUUUCAACCACUUCACAACUUGAUAUCUCUAAAUCCAUCCUAAACACCCUAAAUGUGAUAACAGCAAUAUCUAAUCCCGUCAAAGAAAACGAAUCCAAAACGACUUCGUUUUCUGAAAACAUUUCCCCCUCCUCAUCAUUCCUCUCAUUACAACUUCAUCCACGAGCCACGGUUCACAAAUCCACUCACCAAAAUUACGAGUCACUCACAUUGUCCCGACUUGCUCGUGACUCGGCACGAGUCAAGGCAAUUCAAACAAAAGUUAACUUAGCCGUUAAUGGUUUCACAAAAACCGAUCUUAAACCAUAUGAUAUUAAUGAUGAUGUUAACACCCAUGAAGAGUUACAAGUUCCCGUUAUUUCCGGAGCUGGUCAAGGAAGUGGUGAGUAUUUCUGCCGCAUUGGAAUCGGUCAUCCACCGAGUCAAGUAUAUAUGGUGUUAGAUACAGGAAGUGAUGUAAACUGGCUACAAUGUGCGCCAUGCGCAGAUUGUUACCAACAAGCUGACCCGAUAUUCGAGCCAGCUACUUCGUCUAGUUACUCUCCACUCACGUGCGACGCACGUGAGUGCAAGUCACUAGACGUGUCAGAGUGUCGUAACAAUACAUGUUUGUACGAAGUCUCCUACGGUGAUGGGUCAUACACUGUAGGAGACUUCGUAACAGAAACUGUUACAUUUUCUCAAGGAAAUGUUAUUAAAAAUAUUGCUAUAGGUUGUGGACAUAAUAAUGAAGGAUUGUUUGUUGGGGCUGCUGGAUUAUUGGGCCUUGGUGGUGGUCCAUUGUCUUUCCCUUCGCAAAUCAAUGCGACAUCGUAUUCGUAUUGUCUUGUUGAUCGUGACUCUGACGUGGCGUCUACUAUCGAAUUCAACCUUGAACCUUUGUUAAAAGAGAGUGUCAAUGUUAUUAAAGCUCCCUUGUUAAGCAAUAACAAAUUGAGUACGUUUUAUUAUAUCGGGUUAAGAGGGAUGAGUGUGUCAGGUAAAAUGGUACACAUCCCGUCGUCAGUAUUUAAACUGACUAACGACGGAGAUGGAGGUGUGAUCGUGGACUCUGGGACCGCGAUCACCAGGUUAAGAAAAGACGCGUACAACGCGUUACGAGAUGCAUUUGUUGGAAAAUUAAGUAAGGAUAUGGUGAAAGUGGAUGGUGUGGCAUUGUUUGAUACUUGUUUUGAUUUGGGAAAGAAAAAGAGUGUACAAGUGCCAACGGUCUCAUUUCAUUUUAGUAACGGUAAAGUGUUGGAUUUAGCGGCUAAGAAUUAUAUGAUACCGGUUGAUUCAAAUGGGACGUUUUGUUUUGCGUUUGCUCCUACAUUGGGUUCAUUGUCGAUUAUUGGAAAUGUACAACAACAAGGGACACGUGUCAGUUAUGACCUUGAAAAUAAGCUCAUUGGAUUCUCACCUAAUGAAUGCUAAAAAAUUAUAACGUUAUCUCUCUUGGAUGUGUCUAAAGUGCUUUGUGACUUCGGGAGAAACUAUGGUCUUCUUAUUUAUCUUGUCGGGUCUGGCAUAUAGUAUGGUGAAAUCAGAAUUGAACAUGAUGUGUAGGAUAUUAUAUUUAAUUUUUCAUAAUUAUUUUACAUCCAUCAUAUCAAGU